AUGCGGUUUUUACUCGCACUGCUUUUCUUCUACAUCGCCGACGUGGCCUCGCUGCCAAUCCCCGCCGAACCGGCGGCCGAACUCGUCCACACCCUUGCCGAUCUAGGCGAGGCCGAAACAGCACGUCUGACGCAGCUUCUCAACGAGCACCUCCCCGCCUACGUCCACGCUCCUCCACCCGCCCCCCUCCCCGCUCCGCGUCUGCGAUUCCCACCCGCACACGCAACCGAGCCCGGCGCCUCGGCCCCACCCAACUCGCCGCGCCUUUCAUCCUAG